UAGUGAUGGCCGCCGUAAGUAAUGGUCGAGUCGCGAUGGAUGUGCAAAACGGAACGCAAAACGGCACCGCGGUGGUGGACCGUUUAAAAAAACUUUACCCCGCAGUGAACGAGGACAGGACUCCGCUGCCACGGGCCUGGAGCCCCAAAGAAAAAUACGGAUACAUCGGUUUGUCUCAAGGAAAUCUGCGCGUUCACUACAAAGGUAAAUUUCAAAGCAGAAAGGCCCAACAGAGAUAUGGUAAUUCGCACAGAGACGCUGCCAGUAUCCAGGCGACGCACCCGAUACCAGCGGCGUGCGGAUUGUACUAUUUCGAGGUAAAAAUUGUCAGCAAAGGCAGGGAUGGAUACAUGGGGAUCGGACUGUCUGCUCAGGGAGUCAAUCUGAACCGGUUGCCAGGUUGGGACAAGCAAUCGUACGGCUAUCAUGGUGACGAUGGUCACUCGUUCUGCUCGUCGGGAACGGGCCAGCCCUACGGACCUACCUUCACCACCGAUGACGUAAUCGGUUGCGGGGUCAACCUCAUCGACAACACGUGCUUCUACACGAAGAACGGCCAUCAUCUAGGCACUGCCUUCUACGAUUUACCUCCGAAUUUAUAUCCUACCGUGGGUCUGCAAACGCCCGGCGAGGUGGUCGACGCCAAUUUCGGGCAGGAGCCGUUCGUGUUCGACAUCGAGGACAUGAUGCGCGAGCUGCGCUCCAGGACCAAGUUAGAGAUCAGGGACUUCCCCACGCCCGGCCUCCAGACCGAUUGGCAAGCCAUACUCAACAAGAUGGUUUCCACCUACCUCAUCCAUCACGGGUACUGCAACACGGCGGAAGCCUUUGCUCAGAUCACCAAUCAGCCCUUCACAGAAGACAUACUUUCAAUCAAGAAUCGACAAAAAAUUCAAAAGCUCGUUUUAUCGGGUCGUAUGGGAGAGGCCAUCGACAAGACCACCAAACUGUAUCCGGGAUUGUUGGAAAAUAAUCAGAAUUUGAUGUUUAUGCUGAAGUGUCGCCAGUUCGUGGAAAUGGUGAACGGUUCGGAUAUAGAAGUGUGCCACAGAAAAUGCGGAGUGGAUAACUUGUCGUCAUCGUCUCCGAGAUCCGGCAGUCCAGUCCAAACGUCCGUCAUCCAAUCGACCAAAGGAUUUUGCAACAAUAAAACUAACAAUAAACCAUCAGUGGAAGAAAUGAACCAGACCAACGCAUCUCAUAACGGCAACUGCACCAACAACACGUCCCUCAUUCAAAACGAAGACGACCAAAUGGAAGUGGACGCGACCGAGGACUGCACCAACGGACAAAACUGCCCUAAUAUUAUGGAGUGCCCAAAUAUACAGGAUUGUCAAAACGGUAAAGACUAUCAAAACGGAACGACAGACUCGUGCACGAACGGCAAAGACUCGAUAAACGGUUAUCAGAACGGCAGCGGUCAUUGUAAUAGCACGGAAGAGGAACAAGACGGGCAUUGCUGUGAUAACGAAGAUGAUAUGGAUGUAGAUGUGCCAGUAUGCAGAAAAUCGUGUUCAAAACCAGCAGUAGAAAGAAUAUUACAAUUCGGUAGAGAAUUAUAUAGUAUGAGUCAAAAACUCAGUACAGAUAAAAAUACCAAACAACAUAAUCAACAGAUGUUAGAAGAUGCAUUUAGUUUAUUAGCGUAUUCAAAUCCAUGGUCUAGUCCGGUGGGAUGGCAACUAGAACCGUCACAAAGAGAAGCCAUCAGUGCUUCGUUAAAUUCUGCCAUUUUAGAAUCAAACAAUAAGCCUCGCAAGCCGCCCCUGGAGAUGGCCACCGCGCACGCCCACGAACUGAUCCGGCUCAUGUCGCACCACGGCCUCGGCGCCUGCGCCUUCGCCUCCCUCGACGACGUGCUCGAGUCCGCGCCCCAGCAGUGACCCGGGUGGCGCUACGCCCCCUCGUUUGGAGGUGUGCUCGUACGGCCGGUCGACGCGUAGGCGCGGCACCGAUGCAAUCGACUACUCAGCUGACUGCCAUUCUCUCUCUUUCUCUGUUUCGGAACGCGUCCAAGAUCUUGUCCGGAGGACGUACGUUGGCGCAAGCGAAGGUGGGUCGCUCGGGUUUUGCGUUUCGGUGAAUCCCCCGCCGUUGAAAUGGGUGUAAAAGGACUGUUUAAAAAGGGGGCAGCUGAUCUGUGUGUAUUAAGGCCGUUUUACAGUUUGCAAUUUUAUCUGCAUGAAAGAAAAGUUGCAGCAAAUUUUUUUCUUGCCCUUGCAGAUGAUAGAUCCGAACCCAUAACUGUUCAACUUGGCUUGCAACUUUUGGUUAUUUUUCUAGUUAUUUUCAGAUUACCAAUUUCCCAACAUAACCUCAUAUUUAUAUUAUUAAUUUAAAUGAAUAAUAAGUUACGUUAAUUCGUUAACAAAUUGUCAACCAGAGUUGCCAACUUUCUGAAAUUGAAUUUCCUACGAAGGCCGUCAAAAUUUCCCGUUUUUUCCUAAAUCCAAUGUAUUGUCAGCAACACAAUACAAAUAUAUUUUUUUAACUGAAACAUUUUUCCAAAAAACAACAAAAUUUUCUAAAUUUCAAAAUAUACUUUACAAUUUUUUUUGUUUUUGUCUGACGCCAACAGAAAAUGGUAUUUAGUUGAGGUAAUGCCAGUUUGAAUUUACUCACUUGCUGAGAAAUGCAUAUACGAUAACUUUUUUUUACGAAUAAUACAUGAAUUUAAAAUUUCCCACUAAUUGUUUUUGGUUAAAAUUUCUCUUUUCCCUCCAGGAUCUUGAAAUUUCCCACGAAUUGGGAAAUUUUGCAAGAGUUGGCAGCCGAUAAUCGUCAAUUUUCAUUAAGUUGGACAAACCGUUUGAAACAAAUAUAUUUCAAUAAAAAUUGCGGACUGUAAAGUGAACUGCGACUUAAUUGCGGCAAGUAAAGUUGCCGCAACAUUUCUUGUAUGCAAGUAAAAUUGCCAACUGUAAGACGGCCUUUAGGUAGAGCUUUGAGAUGUUAGAGUAUGUAAGGUUUUUAAAAAA